AUGCCUUCGGUCGCUAUCGGAUGUGCGGCAGCUAUUAUACUGUCCGCAGUACAGUCAUUGGGGAUCACACUUCAGCGCAAAUCACAUCUUAUCCCAUAUCAACAUGAAUUUGGCGAAACGUCAGUGGUGGAUAUACGCCGAGAUAGCGUUGGGUCACUAGAGAACGAGCUGAAUCAUCGCCACUACUACAAGCGAAACUUGUGGCUUGUUGGAUUUGCCAUGUUUAUUUUGGCCAAUGUUGUCGGUUCUUUGGUGCAACUCACCACUUUACCCUUAAUCAUUCUUCUGCCCUUGCAGAGCAUUGGGCUCAUUUUUAAUUCCGUUUUCAGUUGUUGGCUUUUGCCCGGCGAACGUUUUACGUACAAGUUGGGUUUUGGUACGCUUGUCAUUUCCAUUGGUGCAUUUAUUAUUGCUUAUAAUGGCAGUGGCUCAGCCGAUCUGGAUCCGCAUCUUGGAGCAGAUCAGCGCUUUGAAAUACUAAUUGAAAAGUUUACCAGUCCACGCUUUCUAGUGUGGUAUGUGUUUACUUAUGUGGUGGCGGCGGUGUUGGUCAAAGUCAAUAUAGUACUUGCGCAGAAGAUUGAGCAUUGCAGUCUUUCGCUAUCCAAAAGACGUCGAAACAGCUUGAGGCUGAAGCAAGUCACAAUACAACGUUACACUUUCAUGAGGGGUAUUUUCUUUGGUAUUAUCAGCGGAACAUUGACUGCCCACACGUUUCUUUUUGCUCUGUCGGUAGUGGGAGUUGUUGUUGAGAUUAUUCUUCAACGUGACACACCAAGGAACCUGGGAACGUAUGUCUGCUCUAUACUUCUUUUAUUGGCAACUUUGGGGCUUGUCGGUUUGCAGUUAGUGGCGUUUAACUUGGGUCUUUCUAGUAUACUGACUUCUGUUCUUUAUCCACUCUGCUUUUUGGUGUACAAUUUGGUCAAUUUGAUUAACGAUGUCUUGUUUAACAAACUACUCACCAGUGGGUACAUGUCUGUAUUCCAGCUUCUAUGGGUUUGUGUCGGACUUUUGGGUGUUCUUUUUGGGGUAGUCGUGAUCAGCUGGGAUGGGGUAGUUGGUAACAAACCGGUGUCCUUACCAGAUGAACAGCUGUUGUUGAUGGCAAAGUUUCCAUAUGAACGGCGGGUCAUGUCGUAUGAAGAAUCAGAGUUGAUUCAUCUGAUCUUCUCCAACGAUAGUGUAUAG